AUGAAUCCUUCACUCUUUCCUUCUAACUCCUUCGUCACCAUCUUCAUCCUAACCUUCAUCCUCAUUCCAUCGGUCUUCUCCUCAAUUCAAACAAUCUCCUAUUCCGACCACUGCAAUUCCUUUGCUCCCGAAGCCAUUCCGACCACCACCAUAUUCACUCGAUACCCGUUUCUCGAACCCGUAACCAGUCAUUACACCGGUGGUCAAAACAUUCUCGGCCUUGAUUCCCCCUCACAAAGGUCCAUCUUUUUCACACCCACAAGCAACUUCAGAACAAAAACUUUCAACACAUACAAAAUCCAAGCUGAAUUAAGUUUCAUUUCAUCAAAUAUAUACCGAUUCCAUUCCAACAAUUCACAAUUCUAUCACCCUUUAGUGUUUCACUUAGAUGGAUUCUGGUCGGUUUCCACAAACAAACUUUGUAUGGUGGGGUCCGCUCGUUGGUUUUCCAAAAAGGGUAAUCCGCUUAUUCUUAACGCUGUUCUUAAGCUUAAUUUCGCUAGAUUUAUAAAUUUGAAUAAUAGUUUAGUAAGUGGAAUCUUGGAGAGUUUGGCUUCGGUUCACGAUUCCAAUUACUUCGAGCCGAUUUGGAUAAUCGGAUUCCCUCGUGUGGCUCAAUUCAGAUACAAUUACUUGUUGGUUUCUAACGAAGAGUGUAAUGGGCAAAAUGGUAAUUUCUCUCAACAACAUUCGGUAGCUAGUAUGCAAUCUUUAGACUUAUGUUCGAUUUUUACAAAUCAAUUCAAGACUUACAAGUUGGAGAAUCAAGAUAGUGGGUACCCACUUUCCUUUCCGUCUUCGUCUUCUUUUUUAUCGUUAUAUGCGAUUCAAUGUUCAUUACAAGAAAAAAAGUUACGUUUUUUAGUGGAAUUUCAAGAUAGAAGGAAUAGUCGUUAUGAUCAAUCUUUCAAUCCAAAUAUAACGUUAAUUGGAGAUGGAACAUGGAAUGGAACAAACAACGAGCUUUGCAUAGUAGCCUGUCGUAUCUUGAAUCAAACCGACCCUUUGGAAAGUGCUCAUGUUGGAGAUUGUUCGGUCAGGCUGACCGUAUGGUUCCCGGGAAUUCGGUCAAUCAAGAAUACGCAUGCAACCGAAGGUCAAAUUUGGUCAACUAAAAAAGCGGGUGAUGAAGGGUAUUUUGAAAUGGUUAAGUUUCAAAGCUUUGAUCAUAGUUUGGAGAAUUAUGGGUCGAAGUAUGAGUUUACGGAAUGGGGGAAAAUAGGACGGUUUUGCCCUCGGAGGAAUUAUUUUAAAAAGGAAGGGACGUAUCCUUCAGGGUAUGAUGGGGAUAUGAGUUUCGACAUGUCUGUCAAGUACAGAAACAUGGAUUCCAUGGGUUCUGCAAUUCCGAGCUUUGUAGGGGAUCACCCUCGAACAAUGCCAGGGGAAUCACCCUCGGCAGCCAUCCGUUACAUUAGUACGCUGAACAUCGGUUAUGAAAUUACCUUCGGAAUGUUUGUUAAUUCAACAUCGGAAUCUGGGAUUCCGUUGUUAUCUUCUAAUGGUAGAGUGGAGAUAUCUGCGGAAGGGGUUUAUGAUGGUGAAACGGGAAGACUCUGUAUGAUUGGUUGUAGAAGUUUACAAUCAUUUGGAAAGAAUUCGAGUUUUGACUGUGAGAUUGUGGUGCGAUUCCAAUUCCCAAAAAAAAAAGACGUUCUAGCCCUCCUCACAUCUGUUGUUCGUUUGGUUCUCUCGCCUCACGACCUCUCUCCCAUACCCUCGCCAUCGAAGACCUUCCUCCCCAUCGCAAUCUUCCGUCGUUGCCACCCUCCCCAAUGUCAUCUCCGUCCGUCGCCACACUCACUAGCACCAUCUUCGGCCGUCUCCACAUCAGAGCUUCGACGCCUCUUCAGAAUGUUAAUGGUUCUUAAGUGUGCUCAAGAUCUGUGCCAUCGAGUUGGAUUGGGGCUGAAGAUCAUAAAGGACAGAGAUGACUAUUUCCUCAUCCACUACCGAGAAAUUCAAAGACAUUUAGGUUGA